AUGGCGUCUUCAGCUUCUCCAGAGAUACCCUCGUCUGUUCUAAUUGUUGGAAGCGGCGCAUUCGGGCUUUCGACUGCAUGGGCGCUAUGCAGAGAUCCUCAGUUUAAGAACACUGCCAUCACGGUUGUAGAUCGCCAGACAUUUCCUACGCCAGACGGCUCGAGUAUUGACACGUCCCGCAUCAUCCGUCCCGACUACGCCGCCGCUCCCUACACCAAGCUCGCGACCAUCGCCCAGGAACGCUGGCGCACCGACUUCGCAACUGAGCACUACCACCAAGUCGGCCUCUGCAUCACUGCCUCAGGCAUCGAACAGACCUAUGUCUCCAGCUCGCUCCACAACGUCCGCGCAAUCGGCACAGACAAGAUCGAGGUCCUGGACUCUGGUCCCGAGAUAGCACGCGCAUGCGGUCUCGAGGGCAAAGAUGAAUGGGGCAGCGGCAGCACAGGCUACGUGAACUGGAGCUCCGGGUGGGCAGACGCAGAAGGGGCCAUGAUCUGGCUACGCGAAGAAGUCGAGAAGCUGAACCGCGUCAAAUUCAUCGUAGCAAGCGUCAAAAAACUUCUCAUCAACCACACCACAAACACCGUCUCCGGCGUCCGCCUCGCAGACUCCACCCACCUCACCGCCGACCUCACCAUCCUCGCCGCCGGCGCCUGGACAGCCUCGCUCAUCGACCUCCGCGGCAUCUGCAAAGCAACCGGCCAACCCAUCUGCUACAUGCCCAUCUCCGCCGCCGAAGAAGCCCGCCUCGCACCGCACCCCACACUCCUCAACCUCUCCACCGGCCUCUUCAUGAUCCCGCCCUCAAACCGGCUCCUCAAACUCGCCCGCCACGGCCACGGCUACCUCAACCCCACCACAAUCCCACACCCCGAGUCCGACGACCCGAACAACACAAUCACAAUCUCCCUCCCACACACCCACAUCGACAACCCCGCGCAAUCCGUCCCCCGCGAAGCCCAAACACAAUGCCGCGCCUUCCUCACCGCCAUCCACCCCUCCCUCUCCACGCCAAGCCGGCCCUUCACAAAGACAAAGAUAUGCUGGUACGCGGAUACGCGCGACGGCGACUUCCUCAUCUCGUACCACCCCGUGUACAAAAACUUGUUUGUUGCGACGGGUGGGUCGGGCCAUGGGUUUAAGUUCUUGCCUGUUAUUGGCGAGGCGAUAGUGCGGUGUGUGAUGGGGCGCACGCCUGAGGAGUUUAGGGGAAGGUGGGAGUGGCCGAGCGAGAGGGUGGGGGAGGAGUUGUGGAGGGGGGAUGGGAGUCGGGGGGGUCCCGUGGGUAUGGUGCUUUCUGAGGAGGUGGCGAGGGGGGCGGGGAGGCUGUAG